AUGCAUUUAGAAUCAUUAGCAAAUGAAUUAUUACUAUAUUUAUUUGAAUUUUUCGAUGGAAUUCAAUUACUUCGUGCAUUUCAUGAUUUAAACUCUCGAUUUAAUCAUUUACUCUAUAAUCAUUAUCGAGUAUAUCGUAUCGAUUUUCGUUCAAUAUCUAAAUAUCAAUUUGAUAAUCUUUGUCAAUACUGUCUUCCAUCAAUUACUGAUCAAAUUAUUUCGUUAACUAUUUCCGAUGAUGAUGAAACGCCCAAUCUACCUGCAAUUUUUCUUUCGUAUAAUUUUACUCUUGAUAAAUUUACUCGUUUACAAUCUCUUUCACUCUAUUCAAUUCAAUCAUUCGCUCAAUUAAGUCAAUUGAUUUAUCAAUGCCAUCAACUUCCUCAUUUGACUCAUCUCCGUAUGAUCGACGGUUAUAAUGAUGAUAGAAACAAUGAUAUACAAUUUUUAAUUAAUAGCAUUUGGAGUUUACCGAAACUUCAACAUUUCUAUUUAAAUUAUCAUUCGUCAACUAGAACAUGGUUCAGUAAAAUUUCAACGACGUCAUUAUCAAUUGAGAAAUUAUCAAUUGAAAAUAUAGCAUGUUCUCUACGAGAUGUUUCACAUCUAUUUAAAUAUACGCCUUCUCUUCAACAUUUGAGCAUUUGCAUACAUUUUAAUUUAGAAGAUGAACAAAUACCUAUUGUAAUUUCUUCAAUAAGAUCAUUAAAAUUAACAUUUGAAAGUUCCGUACCUGUACUGAUGAAUGUGUUUCAAAUGAUGCCAAAUUUAAAUUCAUUAGAAUUAAAAACAAUGGAUAUUUAUUUAACUGGUCAUAAAUGGAAAAAAAUUCUUAUGAAAUAUUUAUCACAUUUAAAAAUAUUUCACUUGCGAAUGUAUUUUGAAUUUUCGCAUCGCAGAAAUGUUCAUGAACAAUUCAAUAAAUUAAUUGAUUCGUAUCGAAAUUCAUUUUGGAUUCAAGAGCAUCAAUGGUUUAUUCAAUGCGAUUGUAUUUCCUUUGGAGAAUAUCAUCAUGGAAUUCUGUAUACACUACCAUAUAGAUUUGAUACUUUUGUUUGCUACGAUACAUUAGAAUCGAAGUAUACUUGUCCUAAUGAAAGUAUGUAUUGGUUAUAUAAACGAGUCAAUUAUUUCCAAUAUAUGGUACCUAAAACAGAUACCAUCGCUGAUUCAAAUUCAUUACCAAUUCGAUUUCCGAACAUUCAACAUUUAAAAACGACUUUUCCUUUUGGUGAUAAAUUUUGGUCAUAUAUACCCUCAUUAAAUCGAUUGGCGAUACUUGACAUCAUAUUAGAUGAACAUUAUACGGCUGAUCAAUUGCAACAAUUACUUAACUUAUCACCUUGUCUUUAUUCAUUGAGACUUUUCUAUUCAAUUGAUUUGAAAAGAUUACUAGAACGAAUUACUAGUUCAUCGAUUCGUCGUCUUAAUUUAGUAACUAAAUGUUCAUCUGAUCUAUCAUAUUUUAAUAGUAUUGAGUGUGCUACUUUAGCUGAUUCACAACUUGGAAAUCAAUGCGAAGUUCUUUUAGUUAAAAUUGAAAAUCGAAUAAAUGUUCUAAGUCUUCUUACAUCUAUGAAUAAACUUCGAUCAUUAAUAGUUCAAUGUAAAGAUGAUACAUGGAACAAUAAAGAUCGAUCAUCGACUAAGGAUGAACUCGUUGAAUGGCUAUGCAAUUGCUUACCAUCAGCUUAUUCAAUUGUAAGAGAUAAAAAUGAAACGUCAAAUAUUCGAAUAUGGAUUAGUAAAAGUGACAACAAUGUACUUCAAUCAUGA